GGCGUUUCGUUGACCCAGUGAUGACGUAUAUGUCAAGCGACUGCACCGCGCGCUGUUUGGAGAAGAUUUUACAGUGAGGGUUGGCGGUGUUGGUAGAUUUUCACGGUUAAAUUUGACAUAUAUCGCGACUGUUGGGCAGCACCGGGUAUCACAGCAGGCAUGUUUAGCCCCCGCACCGCCCCGAGCUCCGGCCGCAGGCAGCAGGGCAGGACAACCGGCCGGAAGAGCGUCUCCGGUGCGGCCACCGGUCUGCUGUUCUCCCCGCGCAGGACGCCUCUGUCGGCGAGGUCGACACCCACCAGAGUGCAGAGCCAUGCAGCUGCAGAAUCAAUCAACUAUGAUGUGCAAACCUUCGGCUCGUCGCUGCCUGUCAAAGUGAUGGAGGCACUGACGAUGGCUGAUGCUGAUGACCAGAUCUCGGUGAAGGUGAAUGAGAGCGGCUGGGCCUGGAUGGUUUGUGGAGAGAGACUCAUCAUCUGGAAGAUCUGCCAGACUGCUGUGGCCAAGAUGUCAGUGUGUAAGGAGCUGCAGCUGCCCAGCAGUGACUACAACUACACAGCCGACCUCGUGGCCAUGGCCUCCGCUGCUCCUCUGGAGACGGCCGCCGUUCAGUCCAUCUCCGUCCUGGCCGUGGCUGCGGAGGGGACGGCUCGCUUGUGGCCCAGCCUGGCCCAGGAGGGCAACUACACAGAGACAGACGUGGACCUUGGAGAUCUCUGCAACUCUGUUGUUGCUGUGAGAGGUGGAAGCUUCGUCUUGUCCUCGGAGAAGAGUCGGCUGUUGAGAGCGAGUGCAGAUUCCUCGGGAAAGCUGCAGUACCGAGCCCUGCAGCAGGGUCAGGGUGUGCUCUCCGGCAUCGGACGCCGUGUCUCCAGCUUGUUCGGCAUCCUCUCCCCACCAGCCAACGACACACUCCACAGUGUGCUGUGGGUGGGCGGAGCCAGCUGCCUGUACACGCUGACCAGCUCCAGUCUGUGUAAAUGGGAGGUGGACGACAGUUGGGAGCACCAGAUCCUCAGCUGGGACGUCCAGAGAGCUCUGACCGAGAGCAUUGCAGACGCCAUCUGGGGCUCAGAGAGCAACUACGAGGAGAUGAAGGAGGGAGCGAACGUGACAUACCUGGAUAUGAAGCUCAGCCAAGCCGGCCUGGUGGUUUUGGCUGCAGCCUGGCACCCGUCAGACACUCCCUGCCUGGCUUACUUCUGCCUGGUCACCCUGCAGGACAACGGAGCCGCCAUCUCCGACCAGUUCACCGUGGAAGUCACCAAGUACAACCCUCCAUUCCAGAGUGAGGAGGCCCUACAGGCUACACGGCUGGUGCUGCCACGCUCCCCCGGCUCCACCGCCUUCCUGUAUAACGAGGAGCUGGUGUUUGCUUGCUGGACGGGAACCAGCAGGGGAGGACUACCUGAUGAGAAAAUCAGCUUUAACUUACCUGGUAAGAAAAGAAAACCUUGUGUCUCAUCCUUGGCUCCAGAUGAACGAGCAUUUUCAAACAAUCAGAUUAGUAUAAUAACACAGUUAGGUGAGAUUUCAAAGAGAGUGAUGGAUUUACAUUAUAUGAGACUUAAAUUUACAUGUCGUGAAGAAAAAGCGCGAGGGCUGUCCGUGCGCUGGCAGGACGUGAGCAACAAGGCGCACCGCGAGCUGGAAGCUCAGCGGCAGCACCUGGCUCUGAGGCCCAUCGUCCACAGCCUCAACCCGGGGUCUGUCCGGGCUUCAGAGCUCUCCACCUGUCCUCUGUGGGAGUGUGGAAAAGCGCGAGGGCUGUCCGUGCGCUGGCAGGACGUGAGCAACAAGGCGCACCGCGAGCUGGAAGCUCAGCGGCAGCACCUGGCUCUGAGGCCCAUCGUCCACAGCCUCAACCCGGGGUCUGUCCGGGCUUCAGAGCUCUCCACCUGUCCUCUGUGGGAGUGUGGAAAAGCGCGAGGGCUGUCCGUGCGCUGGCAGGACGUGAGCAACAAGGCGCACCGCGAGCUGGAAGCUCAGCGGCAGCACCUGGCUCUGAGGCCCAUCGUCCACAGCCUCAACCCGGGGUCUGUCCGGGCUUCAGAGCUCUCCACCUGUCCUCUAAGCGCGAGGGCUGUCCGUGCGCGCUGGCAGGACGUGAGCAACAAGGCGCACCGCGAGCUGGAAGCUCAGCGGCAGCACCUGGCUCUGAGGCCCAUCGUCCACAGCCUCAACCCGGGGUCUGUCCGGGCUUCAGAGCUCUCCACCUGUCCUCUGUGGGAGUGUGGAAAAGCGCGAGGGCUGUCCGUGCGCUGGCAGGACGUGAGCAACAAGGCGCACCGCGAGCUGGAAGCUCAGCGGCAGCACCUGGCUCUGAGGCCCAUCGUCCACAGCCUCAACCCGGGGUCUGUCCGGGCUUCAGAGCUCUCCACCUGUCCUCUGUGGGAGUGUGGAAAAGCGCGAGGGCUGUCCGUGCGCUGGCAGGACGUGAGCAACAAGGCGCACCGCGAGCUGGAAGCUCAGCGGCAGCACCUGGCUCUGAGGCCCAUCGUCCACAGCCUCAACCCGGGGUCUGUCCGGGCUUCAGAGCUCUCCACCUGUCCUCUGUGGGAGUGUGGAAAAGCGCGAGGGCUGUCCGUGCGCUGGCAGGACGUGAGCAACAAGGCGCACCGCGAGCUGGAAGCUCAGCGGCAGCACCUGGCUCUGAGGCCCAUCGUCCACAGCCUCAACCCGGGGUCUGUCCGGGCUUCAGAGCUCUCCACCUGUCCUCUGUGGGAGUGUGGAAAAGCGCGAGGGCUGUCCGUGCGCUGGCAGGACGUGAGCAACAAGGCGCACCGCGAGCUGGAAGCUCAGCGGCAGCACCUGGCUCUGAGGCCCAUCGUCCACAGCCUCAACCCGGGGUCUGUCCGGGCUUCAGAGCUCUCCACCUGUCCUCUGUGGGAGUGUGGAAAAGCGCGAGGGCUGUCCGUGCGCUGGCAGGACGUGAGCAACAAGGCGCACCGCGAGCUGGAAGCUCAGCGGCAGCACCUGGCUCUGAGGCCCAUCGUCCACAGCCUCAACCCGGGUCUGUCCGGGCUUCAGAGCUCUCCACCUGUCCUCUGUGGGAAAGCGCGAGGGCUGUCCGUGCGCUGGCAGGACGUGAGCAACAAGGCGCACCGCGAGCUGGAAGCUCAGCGGCAGCACCUGGCUCUGAGGCCCAUCGUCCACAGCCUCAACCCGGGGUCUGUCCGGGCUUCAGAGCUCUCCACCUGUCCUCUGUGGGAGUGUGGAAAAGCGCGAGGGCUGUCCGUGCGCUGGCAGGACGUGAGCAACAAGGCGCACCGCGAGCUGGAAGCUCAGCGGCAGCACCUGGCUCUGAGGCCCAUCGUCCACAGCCUCAACCCGGGUCUGUCCGGGCUUCAGAGCUCUCCACCUGUCCUCUGUGGGAAAGCGCGAGGGCUGUCCGUGCGCUGGCAGGACGUGAGCAACAAGGCGCACCGCGAGCUGGAAGCUCAGCGGCAGCACCUGGCUCUGAGGCCCAUCGUCCACAGCCUCAACCCGGGGUCUGUCCGGGCUUCAGAGCUCUCCACCUGUCCUCUGUGGGAGUGUGGAAAAGCGCGAGGGCUGUCCGUGCGCUGGCAGGACGUGAGCAACAAGGCGCACCGCGAGCUGGAAGCUCAGCGGCAGCACCUGGCUCUGAGGCCCAUCGUCCACAGCCUCAACCCGGGGUCUGUUUCAGCCAUGGAGACUCCAACCAGAGCAGAGCCCGUAGCUCACGAGGACAAAACCAAACUCCUGAAGGCGGCUUUCCUGCAGUUCUGUCGUAAUGAUCUGGUGGGUGCUCAGACGGUCACGGACGAGCUCUUCCCUGCUGACGGUGACGGGGAGGAGGGAGCCGAGCUGGACAGCGUGGUGACUCGAAUCAACCUGGACCUGGUGGACGAUUACCCGGCCUCCGACCCCCGCUGGGCCGAGUCUGUCCCCGACGAGAGCGCUGGCUUUCCUCUCACCUCCCUCAUCAUCCUCCACCAGCUGGAGGACAAGAUGAAGGCCCACGGCUGCUUCAUGGACUUCCUGCUCCAGGUGGGUCUGCUGGACCGGCUUGGCCAGGUGACGGUCCGCUCGUCUGCCAUGGCAACGCGCCUGCUGCUGUGUGAACACGCCGAGAAGCUUCAGGCAGCCAUGGUGCUGAAGAACCACCACACCAAACACGCCGAGCUGGUCAACCGGGCCAUCAGCAUCGCGCUGCAGAGGAACAACGCCGCCGUGCCGCCCAGCCUCACCGCUGCUGAUGUCUUCUUCAGAGAGGUGUCUCAGAUCUCCUCGGUGUUUGAUUGUCUGCUGGAGGAGGAGGAGCGGAGUCUGAAGGAGAACCCGGUCGACUCCGUGCAGUGGGCCGAGGUGGUUCUCACUGUCAACAGCAUCAUCAAGGACAUUCUUCAGGCUGCUGGUCAGUACAGGGAGACCAAGGCCUUCAUGUACAGAGCUUCUGAAAACGCUGCUGCAGAGCCUGAGUAUAUCCCAUGGACAGCGUCCGGCGGUGUCACCGGCGUUCGCACCGUCAUCUCCCGCCAGCACGAGAUCAUCCUGCGCUCUGUGUACCCGCACGCCGACUCAGAGCUGCGCGGCGCCCUUUGCGAGCAGCUGGUGGCGUUGUUGGACAUCUACCUGGGCGGCUAUGUGGCCCAGCUGACGUCCCUGCAGCAGCAGAGGCCCUCAGGGGCCCAACAGGAGCGCUACAACAGCCUGGAAAUGGAGUACAGCCAGCGCCGCUCCGAGCUGCUGGCCCCGCUGUUGGAUCUGGGUCAGUACCAGUGGGUGGCAGCGCUGGCUGAGAAGUACUGUGACUUCGACAUCCUGGUUCAGAUGUGUGAGCAGACCGACAACCAGAACCGCCUGCAGCACUACAUGACCAAGUUUACAGACCAGAACUUUGCCGACUUCCUGUUCCGCUGGUACAUGGAGAAGGGGAAGAGGGGGAAGCUGCUGUCCCAGCCGGCCGCCCAGCACCAGCAGCUGGCCAGCUUCCUGCAGUCUCACCAGCACCUGAGCUGGCUGCACCACAUCCACAUCCACGACUACCGCAGUGCUCACAGGACGCUCUACAACCAGGCCAACAUGGAGACACGAUACUUUGUGAAGAAGAAGACGCUGCUGGCUCUCAGUAAGCUGACGGUGCUGGCAUCCGACCUGCCGGAGGACGAGCUCAACAAACAAGUCGACGACAUCGUGGAGCAGGAGCGCUUCCUGCUGCAUCAGGAGACUCUGCCCCGACAGCUGCUGGAGGAGAAGCAGCAGAACCCCGACACCAUGCCUCUGCUCAGCGCUCACAACCUCAUACAGUUGUACGUCUGUGAUGACAACAGGCGAGCCAACGAGUACGACUUCAAAAAGGCUCUGGAUCUGCUGGAGUACAUCGACGGGGAGGACGCUGUGGACACGGACUCGCUGAAAUGUGAGAUCUUCGGCAAAGCGCUCAGGAGAGACGACUGGUCCUCAGCUGACGGCACUGACGACCCUCUGGAAGCCGCCAAAGACAGCAUCUUCGUCAAGAUCCUCCUCAAGCUCAUACAGGAAGGCGUGCCUCUGCAGACGUACCUGCCUGACGUCAAAGAGCUGCUGGAGCUGGACGAGCUGAGCAGUUUGAAAUCAAAACCCUACUUUGAAUUUGUCCUUCGAGCCAAUUAUGAACAUUACCUGCAAGCCCAGAUGUGACGACCUCUCCCCUUCCCAGUAACGCCGACCGCACUUCAGCUUUCCUUUUGCAUUCUGAUUCAUUUUUUGAUAUUUGUUUGAAUUGUGCUGUUUUUUCUAAAUAAAUGUGUUGUUAUUUCUGUA